AUGCUUAUCAAGAACAUGAUUCCCUUCGAUCUGAUAUUGAGAAGUAUGAGUCACAAGAUUAGAGCUGGCUUGUGUAUUUAUCCUCAUGACCUCGAUCUGCUACUUGAGCACGGGGAAAGCAUUUGUCCGCGCAUCGAAGACACUGGGCUACAAUCGCAAGAACAUCCCCUUAACCUGAAUGAAUGCUGGAUUUAUUGGAAUUGGAUCAAGGAGUCAAAGUUGCGGCUCAACAAGCUGAAAUCUCAAGAGCUAAGGCUCGCUGCACGUCUGAUUGAACAAUAUCCACGAAUUUUGAAGAAACCACACGAUCCAUCUCAGAGUGCUCCUCGACCCAACACUACUCAUCUUAUGGUCAGAUUUGAAAGGCAAGCUGUUAAGUCUUUAUACGACAGAAAUUUGUCUCAUGAUUGGAAUCGCUAUCAGUAUAGGUCAGAUACGAAUGUUAUCCUACUGGUACCAUACGAUCGAUACCUUUGGUUACUCCUUGAAACAUUAGCCAAGCACCCGCUUGAUUUUGAAGUUACUGGCCUCGAGGAGAGCUUGGCCAAAGUCUCUCUGCUAGAUCAGAAGCAAGGAACUCAUUCAAGAGACAUCGAACCAUCAUCUACUCUCUCCAAAAAUAACACCAAUGUUUUCCGAUACCCAGAGAAUAUUGCCGAAAAUCUGAGGACAGUGUUAAAAGGUCUGAUGUAUAUCUAUACAAAACCACCAUUGACUGUCCCUCGCAUCCAAUGGAGUUCUACAGGAAAUACUAGCUCCUCAGAGAAGUGGCCAAAAUUUGUUGUUCACAAAGGACAAGAGGAACACGCACAAAACAAAAAUAUACGAAUGAACUGGAACAUUAGACCCCGCGAUGAAAGAGAGUAUGAAUGGCUAGCAGCUUUUCUGAAAGCUGUUACAUGGAUUGAAUUGAAUAUUGGAUCGACAGAGGAUUCCUAG